AUGAUGAUCCAAUUUGGCCAGCUCAAGCGCCAGCUUUCCCCUCCUCCAUUGUAUCCAAGCCUCUUGAGCAAGAGAACCUCACAAUUCCAAUCUCAAUCCCCUCCCAUCUCUUUCCCUUCCUUCUCUCCACUCCACUCCUCUUCUCUCAAGCGUAGCCUAACAGCCAGGCCACAGCUCUACUUGCCCCCCUCCUCUACCUCUCGCUGGCUUCACGACACGUUCAUCAGUUAUAAACAGGCCGAUACGUGCAACUUCGUGAGCCACUUACAUGUCGCACUCGAGCGGAACGAGAUAAGGGUCUUUGUAGACCGCAGAAUGGAACGAGGGCUAGAGAUUGCACCGGCAAUCAACGAAGCGAUCGAGCGGUCAAGGAGUGCCAUCAUGGUGAUCUCUCGGACCUUUGCCUCCUCGCCAUGGUGCCUGGACGAGCUGGAUAAGAUCCUCGAGUGCAAGGAAAAGAAAGGCCUGCUGGUGUUCCCCAUUUUUGUGGGCGUCGACCCCAGAGAGAUGCGUGAGCAGGUUGGACUCUUCAAGCAAAUUGGCCAAAGCGAGAAGGGUUUCGGGCAGGAGAAUGCCGACAAGGUUCGGAAGUGGAGAGAGGCUCUCCGAAAAGCUGGCAAUCUCACAGGUUGGUCUCUUGGAAACAGGCUUGAAGCGGAAUUCAUCCAGUCCGUUGUGGAAAAAAUCUCAAGAAGACUUAGCCACUCGGGCACGGAUCUGUUUGCUUUCCAUCCGGUUGGGUUAGACUCUCAAGUACAAGCCUUGUACUCCUUACUCCAAUUAGAGGUUGAGGAGGUCCGAAUCGUGGGAAUUUCGGGAGUUAGCGGAAUAGGUAAGACGACACUUGCGAGAACUUUGUAUGACCGCAUUGCAGAUCAAUUUGAUCGGAGUUGCUUUCUCACAAAAGUUAAGGACAUAUCGAGCCAAGAUGGCCUCUCCAAAAUGCAGAAGACCCUUUUUAGUGACAUUCUCGGUGACGGAGUUUUGGAGUUUGGUGAUGAUAUUCAUGAAGUAAUGAACUUCAUGAGAAGUAAGCUUCACAACAAGAGAGUUUUGCUGGUGUUUGAUGAUGUUGAAGGGUUCUUGGAGCCACUGAGCAACCUGAUCAAGGCAAUAAACUUUGGCUUGGGAAGUAGAAUCAUUUUGAUCCCUCGACACGAAGAAACCUUAAUCGGUUUUCACAGGGAAAUCUAUAAGGUAAAAGCACUGAAGGAUGAUCAAGCUCUCGAGCUUUUCAGUUGGAAUGCAUUCCAAGAAAGAUAUCCCAAAAGUGAUUAUAAGAUGCUCUCAAAUUGCUUCACUAAUUUUUCCAAAGGGCUUCCUUUGGUUCUCACCGUGAUGGGUUCUUUCUUGAGCGGCAAAAGCGUCAAAGAAUGGCAAGGAGCUUUCGAUCGACUGAAAGAAAUCCCUCGGGGAAAGGUUCAUGAUAUAUUGAGGAUCGUUAUCAAUGGUUUAGAGGCCAAUGAGAGGACGAUCUUUCUCGACAUCGCAUGUUUUCUUAAUAGAUAUGACAAAGAAGAGACCAUCAAGUGCCUAAACCUUUGUGGUAUCCAUGCCAAUAGUGGUAUGGAGAUUCUAAUCCAAAAGUCGCUCAUAUCAAUCGAUGAAAAUAAUAAGAUAUGGAUGCAUGAUUUGCUUCAAGAAAUGGGUAGACGAAUCGUGAUUCAAGAGUGCCCUGAAAAUUCCAGCAAACGAAGCAGAUUAUGGCGUCAUGAGGAUGCUCUACAAGUGGUUAGGCAAAACUCGGGAACAGAUGCGAUUGAAGGAAUUAAGCUAGGCAAGGUUGAUGUAGAAGACUUGAUCUUGAAUGCAGACUCGUUCAAGAAGAUGAAGAAGCUCAGGCUAUUUCUAAUGGCUGAUGAUGUUCCUCAUUGUGGACCGGCUGGACAUCUAUCGGAGGAGUUAAGGAGGCUUUUCGCACGGCGCAGCCAUGUCACGUCUGUGAGUUGGCAGGCGCUGUGGAAGCUAGUUUCCAGGUUCUGGUCUCGCAGAGCCUGA